CAUCCGCCAGGAACCCUCUUGCUUUCAAACGCAUGGUCCUGUUAUCCCUCAUGGAUAGGAUUUAUGCCAGGAUAACGAGUCCCGGUCUCUUCUACUUCUAGAAGGGUUUGUUCCAGCCCUCCGGGUGCCAGCGUUUGCUGGCCAAGUGGGCUGCAGCAAGAGGAGGUUUCUCUGGAGUCAUCUCCGGGCGACUCGCGCCGUCGCCGAGUCGCACCGUUGUUCCGCGACGAGGACAACUUUUCUUUGAAUAUUUUCAAGAAAGCUGUGCUACAAAGUGGCAAAAGAUCCAGCCAGUGGGAUUAUAGAAGAACUAGCAUUAUAUCUAUUUCUUCUACACUGUAAAGCCUCAGACCACAUUGGUUCACAUCAAAGGCUUUAUUUUCUAAAGAAGUUCAUAAAAUCUAAGGUAUUUUACAACUUUCCAAAAAGAUCAAGACCCAGUGUGAGCAGUGAUUAAGUGACUUUCAGAAAGGUGGAUAAUUGGCUACAUCAAGGUCUACAUGUUGCUCCUAGGCUGGCCCUGAGCUUUAGGGGACAGGAGUUAAGGUGGGGUUUCCAGGAAGCAGGAUGCCAAUGCCUCUGGGGAAACUGGCCCUUUAUACCAGUGUGAUGGCUAGUGGGGGCUAUGUCCUUGUGUAUUACCUUAUACAAAAAAAUUUUUCCAGGGCUUCCUAUUACCAGUUGGCAUUGGAGCAGCUGCAUAGCCGUCCAGAGGCCCUGGAAGCUCUGGGCCCGCCUCUCAACAUUCACUAUCUCCAACUCACUGACAAGUACAACUUUGUGGACAUUGCUGACGCCCAGUUGAAGAUUCCUGUCUCUGGAUCCAAGUCAGAGGGCUAUCUCUAUGUCAGCUCAUCCAGAGAUGGCCCCUUUAAGAGGUGGCACCUUCAGGAGGUCUUCUUAGAGCUCAAGGAUGGUCAGCAGAUUCCUUUGUUCAAGCGCAGUGGGGAAAAUGGUAAUGAAGUAAAAAAGGAUUGAAUGUGACCAAAAAGACCCAGUUUUCUCCAAGCAUUGCUUUUCCUCAUCACCAUGUACUCUCUAUGGCUUUGAGCCAGUUUUCUAGCUACCUAGAGGGAUGAUUGUAUGUACAGGCAUAUUGUAAUUUUGGUAUAAUUCUAAUUUGACAAUGAAGGCUAUUGAAGUUUUAUUUAAUCAGAAAUGUUGACUAUUACAUUUAUAAUUAUUUCAAAGUUCUCUGUACAAAAGAAUGGAAUAAAAGGAAUCACUACUAGUAAUAAAAGAUUUGUUGAUUUUU